AUUCAAUUUCAUUUUUUGUAGAUAUACAUGGCGACAAAAACAGUUUCUCUCUUAAUCAGCUUGAUUAUCUUCACAAAUGGUUGGACAGGAUCAGCUGACAUGCAAUCAGGGAUGUGUUUAAGUUAUCGGUCUGCUUUUUCCGCAGCCAGGACCAGCAGUAUGGUAGGGGGUCUCCAAAAAACAGUCACUUUUGACAAGCUAUUUGUUAACAUUGGAGGCGAUUUCAACCCAGACACAGGAAGGUUUAGCUGCAGGAUCCCAGGAGCCUACUACUUUGCAUUUACAGUUGGAAAGCACCCUAAAAAGAUACUCUCUGUUAUGCUAGUAAAAAAUGGCCAGGAGGUUCAAGCUAUUGCCUAUGAUGAACACAAAUGCAAACAGCGCAAGGUACAGAGUCAAAGUAUCAUGCUUAGCUUGGAAUCCAUGGAUACUGUAUGGCUUCUACUCCAUGACCACCCAAAAUUUGGACUGUAUAGUAAUGCAGGGACAUAUACUACCUUUACUGGUUAUUUGGUGUAUCCAGAGAUCUACAGCAUUCACCUAAAUAACUAUUUAUCUCCACACACCCACAGUCACUUUUCAGGAUGCUCAAAAGUUGAAAAUACUGAUUCUACAAAGGAGUCAAGAGACAUGCAUCUACAGAAAAACUUUCGCUCAGCAUUUUCUGUGGCAAGAACUAAAUCAUUACUUGGAGAACGCACAAGAGAAGAAAGCAAAAAAGCAAUUACCUUUGAUGUGGAAUACAUCAAUAUUGGGGAUAACCUAAACAAGUCAUCUGGUCAGUUUAUAUGCAAGGUUCCUGGGGCUUAUUAUUUCUCCUUCAAUGUUGGAAAACACCCUUUAAGGGCAGUUUCUGUCAAGCUCAUGAAGAACUAUAAUGAGGUCCAAGCCAUGAUAUUUGAUGAUAACAGUUCUAAGAGCAGGGAGAUGCAAAGCCAAAGUUUAAUGCUCUCUUUAAAACAAGGUGAUGUGAUCUGGCUAUAUAGUCAACAAGAUGAACAAUAUGGAGUAUACAGUAAUCAUGGCAAGUAUAUAACAUUUACAGGAUUUCUCCUCUAUCCUGAUGAAAGCAGACUAUAUACCAACAAGCUAGAAAAAACAUAAUCAUACUGCCUAUUGCCUUCAGAAAGUCCAACAACUGGGACCUUCUUUCAUAACAUAAUAACAUUGCAAUAAAAAAUUUAGCCAGUGCAGCAUUUACCACUUCAAGCAUUUCCUUUCACAUGAGUUUGGAUGUAUUAUUUUCAUUAUAAUUUGUUGCCGUUUUCAAAUAUUCAGUGUUUAUUUAUCUGGUUAGUUCCGAUACUGUGCAUUGCAAGCCUUUGUGCAAAAAUAUUUUUUACUGGUUUUUAAUGUGGUAGUGAUUUAACUUCUUUACACUGAGAGCACUCACAUUUUGUUAAGAUUACCUGAAACUAUUAUUUAGUGUGUUACAUAUAUGUGAUCUUUAUUUCUUUAUUUGAAUAUGCC